CAAGGAAAAAGCGAAAGGAACAAUAAAAAGAAGAGGACGAAAAAAAUGUCAUCUGGAAAGAACUCCCCACCCCCCUGGUACGAUGGUACAUAGACACCCGCAACCUAACCUCAACAACCUCCUCCCUCCCCUUCCUCGAUACCCUCCAACAAUCAGACCAGGAGACGAUAAAGAAAUACUAUCACAUGAAGGACAGACACAUGUCCCUCGCAUCGUAUCUUCUGAAAUACCUAUUCAUACAUCGAUCCUGUCAUGUACCCUGGAAUGAAAUCCGACUCAGUCGCACACCACCACCACAUGGCCGGCCGUGUUUCAUUCCCCUGGACAACGACAAUGGCGGUUUCAACGUCGAAUUCAACGUGAGCCAUCAGGCGUCAUUUGUUGCUCUGGCUGGAACUACAUUCCUGUCUUUGCCUUCAUCGUCAUCAUCAUCAUUCUCGUCCUUGUCACCAUCUAUGCCUCUUCAUCUUCCCGACGAGCUGCGGGGGCCUCAAGUAGGUAUUGAUAUUACCUGUGUCGAUGAGCCGGGACGUCGAGGCAGGAAACAUGCCGAUAUCUCCACCGCGACCGCAUUAGCUGAAUAUGUAGAUAUAUUCGCCGAGGUAUUCUCUGUGCGGGAGUUGGAGACCAUUAAGAAUCUAGCCAAAAGCAGCAGCAGCAGUCGCAGCCACGACGAAGACACAAAAACAGUGGCCAGGACCGAGGAAGAGGCCGUGAAAUCAGCCCUUCGUCUCUUCUACACCUACUGGGCGCUCAAGGAAGCGUUUAUCAAAAUGACUGGUGAAGCGCUUCUGGCACCAUGGCUACGUGAGCUGGAGUUUACAGAUGUGCGGGCGCCGGAAAGGCCCGGCCAUGAAGGUAGUAACCUUGACCGGAGCUCUUCGAGGUCGAAAUGGGGCGUUCCGUAUACAGGGACACAGACAUGGUUGUACGGAAAGAAAGUCCAGGAGGUCCGGGUGGAAAUUGUAGGAUUCGAGGACGAUUAUCUGGUUGCGACUGCUGCAAGGGGCGGGGGAAUCGGAGCUGACAAUCGUCCUGUUCGAAAUGGUCUGAUAUCUGAUCCGUGGAGAGAUUUGGAGGAGGUUGAUAUUGAACGGCAUAUUGCUCCCUGCGCGACAGGACGGUGUCGUUGUUUAUCUGACCCGUUUCCAUAUUGGCAGUUGACACCGUCCUGAUGAUGUCUUUAGUCUGCAUGUCAUGGCAAAAAGAGUGCAUACGCAUAC